CUGUCAAAAACAUUCAAAGAGAAAACGCAAAGAGAGAAACAAUGUUAGUCAACUACGCUGUGUGACACGUAACAACAAAAUAAUUUCUUUUUGUUUAUUAUUUGCACUGAAGAGUUCACAAAUUCGACACUAAAUAAUUUAUUAUUUUUGCCAAUUUUUAUUUGUAAAUACGUGUAAACAUGCAUCAAUUUGUGUGAAAUGUCAAAAAUACCAAUGUGUACGAAUGGCCUAAAUAUCAUUGAAAUAAUUGUACACAAAGAAGCAAGUGAAUUCGAUUUGCAAUGUAUUCCGAAUGGGCAUCUUUGAGUCCUGUGAUAGCUGCCAAUAGCAACAAUUCAUCGAAUACUGUUUUAAAUAAAUUCUCAUCUGUCGCUGGAAAAGAAGUAUCACAAGCGGUAGUCAAACAAUUGGCAGCAAAUUUGGGCAUUACUCAACCAGCGGAGCCCAGUAUUUUGAUAACCGAUGAAGAAGUGAAUUGGUGCAUGAGUGUUAUUUGUCAUGGUUUGUCAUUGCCGUUGAGUGAACAUGAAACAAUCAAAGAUUGCGUAAAUGUCUAUUGUGAAUGGUUAACAGCGUUGUAUCAAGUGCCGCGGAUCAGUGUGCCGAAACCAAUAUGUGAAGACCCAAAUUUAUAUGCGCGUAAAAUAAUAAAUCAUUUUCACAAAUUGUUUGUACCACGUCAAGGCGAAGUUUGGCCAUUUUUGUACCAGGAUAAUUUGGGUGCUGAUUUAAUAAAUCGACAGGCAGUGCUAUGUCAUCGUGUGCUCCGUACAUUGCAACAAGUAUCACAAUCAUCACAAAAAUUAACACCCGAAACAUGGGAGUCGUUGUUAUUGUUUCUGCUAGCUAUAAACGAAGUACUCCUAGCACCUCCGGGCAUGAAAGAUGAUGUUAGUGACCAGCUUUGUGAACGUGUGCUCAGUGUUUUGUUUGAAGUUUGGCUGAUUGCGUGCGUUCGAAAUUUUCCGUCGCCUUCAUUGUGGAAAACAUUACAAGAAUCAUGCCUGCUACUAAGACAUCGAAUCGCUUUAAUUGAACAAUGGAAUCGAGUUAAUCUUGCAUUAACGGCACGUUUGCUAGAGUUUUUAUAUGGUCCUUCAUUUCCAGAACUAAAAAUCUUGGAAGAAGACGCGCAAUUGAUACCAUCUGGAAUGACAAACGAUUGUGUGGCACAAACAUGGUAUCGAUUUCUGCGAACAAUUGGAUCACCGAUUGCAUUGUGUUCACCGCAAGUCGUUAGUAAAACACCACAAUUCAUGCAAUGGGUCGUCUCACGAGCAGAUGGCGUUGAAGCAUUCCAUCAUCCAUGUCUUUUGCAAUUGCCAUUCAUCUUUCUAAAAGCAAUCAAAGGAAUUGCGAGUCAAGUAGAUGCUUUUCUAGGUAUAUAUCAAGCUCAUCAGCCGAUUGAGGUUUCGGGUGAUCCAACGACGAAUUCAACAACAUCGGCACAACAACAACAAAAAUCGGAAGAAUUGUCACGUUUAUCUGGUAGUGAAAUUAAAAAUAGUGGAUUUAUAAGUAGCAGUAGCUUAGCGAUUGCUUCAAUUGGUGGUGGUGGUAGCUCAGCAACGCCUAGCGUUGGUACAAAUGUUUCCGGUAGCGGUAACGAUUCUCCGACACCAACACAACAUCGUCGUCUUGCAAAGAGUUUUUCCGUUGCUCCAUCAUUGUCACAAACAACAAAGGGACUCAGUAAAGGAUCGCUCAUUGGAUUAACAAGCAGCCGAUCUUCGGUGCAUCCACCAUUAACACCAAAUUCGGGGCCCCCAUCUUCAUCGAGCUUAUUAUCUCUACCAUCAUUGGGAUUUAUUGAGUCGCGUCCCCCAUUGGCAUCCGCCAGACCGAAAUGUAACAGCAUAUUACAUUUGUUUGGCGAAUGGCUCUUUGAAGCAGCGCACAUUGGCGGUGAUGCUUGGAUACAGAAUACGAAAAAACUGGCAUCGGAAGCAAGCCGCAGACCAUCUUCAAUGAUAGUUGACAGUCGAAAAGGGAGUUUAUCAUUGUCACAACCAUCGUCAUUGUCUGAAUCUGCUGAUUUGCCAACCGGUUUGAAAAUCGAUAAAUUUGAAUCGGGGCGGGCCGAAGCAAUUGGCGCAUUAUGUCGAAUAUUUUGUGCAAAGAAAACUGGCGAAGAAAUUUUACCCGUGUAUUUGGCACGAUUCUAUGUGGCGAUUCAACAAGGCUUAAAAACUCCAGAGAGUCGAGAAUGUGAAGAAACCUUGGCCAGUAUUUUAUACAAUUCGUCCGACUUAUUUCGUUUGGAUUUGGAUGGUAUACAUGUACUAUUGCCAUCAUUCAUUUCUGCUUUGGAAUUGGUACUGCCCGAAAAGGAAUUGAAAAUGAAAUCAAAUAUUGUUAUUAAUAAAAGCGAAUUGCGACGGGCAUCGAUUCAGAUAUUAUUGACAAUACUUGCGUUGCCGUUACAUUUUCAAACACUACCAAUUCGUGAUUUGACCAAUGCACCGGAUAAAGUGAUCACAUUCAUACAAUUAAAACCGCGACUUAUUAACAUACUGAUGAAUGCAAUACAAGUGGAAACCGAUCCACAGAAUACACAUAUGUUACUCGGCGGUUUGAUGCUAUGUGUUCAAGAUUCAGCGUUAUUUGAAGAAUGUGCCGAAAUCAAUGUGGAUGCAAGACAAACAUCGCCAGCACCCAGCGAUACGAAUCUACUUAGUUCGGCAUAUUCCGAUAAAAGUGCAUGUUCAAUAGCUAGCGGCGGUUCAAGUUCGAUUGGCGGCAAUAGUACAGCGACGCUGGGCAAUGAUUAUCCCAGUUUAAGUGCAUCCGACGAUAUUCCAGACGACAUUGAAUUUUUUACGAAUUAUGAUAAUGCCCAUGCAUUGUUUGUUCGAGCCACAUAUUUGGUGUGUCAUCGAUUGAUAUCUUCGUGGAAAACUGAUUUGAAUGUUUCUCUCGCAGCACUAGAACUGCUAUCUGGUCUCGCUCGAAUGAAUAUCAAAGAUUCUGAUCCACUUGAAUGUAAGCGGGCCGUAAAAUGGAUUUGUGAUUACAUUUGUUAUCAAUGUUCUCGGCCACCUCCAGCUCACAGCAAAGAUUUGCACAGCACCAUUGUGGCAGCAUUCCAAUGUACGUCAGCAUGGUUAAUUCAGCAUCCAUAUUUGUUGCAAGACAAAGAAUGCCUGACAACAGUUUUAGAAGUGGUAGAAUUGGGAAUUUCGGGUUCAAAGAGCGUUGGAAAACCAGGCGAACCAAUUAAAUUGAAGGAAGACAAAGAACUGAAGCCGGUUUCAAUGAGAGUGCGUGAAGCAGCUGAAACAAUGUUAACACUUGUACUCGAGCAAGUUGGUUUCUUUCCUAAUGAAUGUGGUCCACAAUCGAUUUCAUCUUUGUUGGACGAGAUCACACUUUACAAACACUGUAUUUCACAUCCGAAUGAAAAGAGUGAAACAUCAAUAUCAGCCGAACAAGCUGUGCAAAAGUUUCGAUAUUUUGUCACCGAAAACUCGACCAUUCUAGCAUUAUUGGAAGAACCAUUGGGAAACGAUCAAGAUCCACAGCCGACAAUUACAUUACUACUUCGAGGACCCUUCGGUCGAAAUGCAUGGACCUUACAAUUAAGACAUUUGCCGCGUUCCAAAUCUGGUACGAAAUAUCAUGCACCAAAUCCAGGUCGACCGGUUCCAAUGAAUGAUGUGGUAAUGCGACAAGAAAUCGAGCAAAAAUUCUAUCCGGAUGGUGUUGAGAGAAUUGUAUCAUGUGUGGCUGACUAUUCAAUUCCGACGAUUGACUCAGUAAUUCAGAAAAUUGGUAGCAAAGCCAGUACGCAAUUGGUUCAAUUGUUGGAAAAUCAAACGGUUGCGGAGAAAUUGGCAUGGGCUGAAACCGAUAAUUCAGACGAUGGCUUAAAUGGUGAAUCCGAAAUUGAUGCACCACCAGUAGUGAACGAAUUCCAAGCGGCACGAUUAUUUUUGUCACACUUUGGUUUCUUGUCGAUUGAUGAAGAUAAAUCAACCGAUGAAAAUGAUUCGAUGGUCGAUUUUCCAGUUUUAACUGCACUCGAUACUAAACAACCGGGAUUUUUAACCGAUUUACAGGCAUUAGAUAAGCUUAGUCCACGCACAAAUGACACACUUCAUAUAUUUUAUGUAAAAGUCGGUCAAAGUUCAGCAACUGAAAUCAUUGAAAACGUUUCCGAAACAAAUGUUGCUUCGCUCGACAAACAUUUUUGGAAUGUUCUUUUGAAUUUGGGAUGGCCAGUUGAGAUCGAAGAGCAUGCCGGAUGGACUGGUUUCGUCAACACAAGCUGGAAAAUUCAAACGAGCACAGUGGUCACAUCGAAAAAAGAUUUCAAUGUUAAUACGCCCGAAAAUAUGAAAUUCAAUGGUGAAAAGCGUAUAUUGUAUUGGGCUGAUGUUAGUGGUGAAAUCGCAUUUGUAUUGCCAACAAAAUGGAAUAAAACGGACGAUGCAGCCGACGGUAGCUGUUUAUCUUUGGCUUCUUCAUCGUCAAAUGACAGUGAAAAAACACAUCCCAAUCUAGGCGAUCGAAGCUUUAGUGUUCAACAAGGGAAUACAGCGAAAGUGUCAAUUGGUCAAAAGCCACGAACACUUUCACUUGAACUGGAUAGACCAAAAUCACAUGGCAGUCCUGGUAAUGAUCCAGUUGCACCGGCUAGACGUCGAACAUGUGCAAUUAAACCAGCCCUAUCUAGCCAGAGCGGUGUGAAAAUUUUUAUGGUUUGGCUUGAGAGUUUCGAAGAUUAUCUCAAUUUCCCAACCGACGAAUUACUGAAUUAUGCUAGAACUGGCGAAGAAUAUCAAUCUGGACAAAUACCAAGGGCCAGUGAUUGUCACAUUAUAUUUUUGCAAUCUUUGAAUUCUGGCCUGCUACGUGUAAAACUACAAGGACCAAGUGGUAGAAUGAACUUUGCAUCGCCACUGGUUGACGGAAUGGUUGUUAACAAACGCACCGUUGGCACACUUAUUCGACAAACUGUUUACAACAUGGCCAAACGCAGACGCCUUGAUAAUGACUUGUAUCAGCCGCCUCAUGUACGAAGACGUUUGAAGGCAUUAGACAUUGUGCACAAAUAUAAAUUAGAUAUGUCAGAGCCCGAAUUAUUAGCACACCUCUUUAAGAGCUCAUCAAGCACCUAAGCAAUAUGUGCAAUUCGUGCAUCAAAAUUAUCACACUAUUGAAUACUUAGGACAAUUAAUUUUGAAAAAAAAGGUCAAUUUUUACUUUCGAAAAGUAUUAACAAGACUUACUUCAAUUUAUCACUAAACUUUAACAAGAUACUUAUAUGAAUUUUUUUCAUAAAAUAAAACUAAUUUAUUCAAGAGAAAA